UGCUGUCUAAUCUAAUAACAUGAAGUUAAUGUUAUCGAUAUAGCUUUACUGCAUUAGCGUUCUACAUAAAAUGUCAAGUAUAACCAAAGUUCAAUGUGUAUUUCAUUAUUAGAAGUGAAGUAUCUCGAUUGCAGAGCAAAUGCACGAAGUCUGCGCGGAUUACGUCAGAUGAUACUUUCUAAAGUGCCUAUGGUAAUUUGGUCGUACAAUAAUUGUUUUUCUUUGUCUUAAAUACGUGGAACAGUUUACCAACAAAAUCAACAAAAAUUCAUUUCACGCUAAUAAUAAUGAUUUUUUAGUAUAAACGAUAACAGAAUUUGUGCGAUCCAGUCGGUUAAAAUGGGUGGCGAGGAAUCUAAGCUAAAAGAAAAGAAAAAGGCCGAGACAUGUAAAGUUAUCGCAUCAAUCGAUUUUGGAACAAGGUAUACAGGAUAUGCAUUCAUGUUCAGAAGUAAGGCUAGUAAUGUCGAAAUUUAUAAACCACAGCGAACGGAUAUGAAAAGAGAACACACCUGCAUUAUGUUGAUAAAAAAAUCUACUGGAAAAUUCGAAUUUGUUUCUUUUGGAACUAAAGCAAUGGACAAAUUCAUUGAAAUGGAAAAAGAAGGAAACGACGAUUUUUUCUUCUUCCGUUUAUUUAAGACUGAUAUUAUGCUUGCAAAAGAAAAAGAAAAAUCACUAUUUGUUAAAGAUUAUCAAGGGAGAGAAGUUGAUGCUCAGGUUGUGUUUUCUUAUGUAUAUGGAUUUGUUCAAUCAAAAACAUUGGACUUUUUGAAAAAAUCAGUGAAAGAAGGAGAACGUUUACAAGAUGAUGACAUUUUGUGGGUGAUUACCAUUCCUGCUACAUGGGGUCUAAUGUACAGAGACUUUAUCCGGAAAGCUGCUGAGAAAUCAUAUCAUAACAUUGAAAUUGUGCUAGAGCCCGAGGCCGCGUCAAUGUAUAUCAGAAACAAACCCAUGGUUUGUAGUUUCAAUGGAAAGAAGAUAGAGCCAUUUAAAAAUGGCCAGUGCUAUAUUCUGGUUGACAUUGGAGCCGGUACCACUGAUAUCUGUACACACAAGGUUCUUCCGGAUGGGAAUCUGAUCGAAAUAUGCAGCUCUUCGGGAAUUAACGAAGGCGGUGAACAGGUAAACAAGACAUUCUUCAACGAGUUAAAAACACUUUUUACCGAAGAAGUCAUGGAUAAAUUCAAACAUGAAAACAUGCGAUUUUACAAGCUUGAAAAAGAGUUUGAAGAUAUAAAACACAAAUUUAAGACUGAUACUGACAACGCUUUCGUUCUCAUUUUGGAUGAAAAACUGUUAAACAUUUUUCACGAAACGACUGGCAGAAAAUUUGAAAUACCUUCAACAUUCUCCGAAAAACUGGAGUUGAAAAACAGUGACCAUAUGCACAUGAAACCGAAAUUUAUGGCUUCCUUGUUUGAUCAUAUCAUAAGUACAAUUUCCUCAAAGAUAUGCGAACAGAUAUGCGAGACCGAAAAUGCCGGACACACAAUAAGUUGUAUCAUUCUUUCUGGCGGUUUAUCCGAGUCGGAUUACGUCUACGAAAGCAUUUCAAAAACCCUCACUGACUCAUCAGGAGUUAAAGUACCGAUCAUACUGUCGCCAAAUGCACGUAACGCUGUUGUUGAAGGUGCUUUACAAAUUGUACUGAAUCCAAAGGGCAUAGCUGGUCGUUGCUCGCCUUACACGUAUGGAUUCUACUCGAUCAUUCCAUUCGAAGAAGGGAAUCAUCCAAAACAUCUCAAAGUCAUUCGCGACGGUAAACCAUUGUGUAUUGUUGUGUUUUACAAACUAUUUGAAAAGGGGGAUUAUGUCAAAAAAGGAGACUGUUUUUUUCGAAAAUCAGUAACGUCCUAUAAAAAAGAUAAGAAUGUCACGCGAUACAUGUCACUGUGGAGGUCUUUAGAUUAUCGCCAAAAUACUGCAGUCUGGAGGAAGAGUGCGAAGAAGCGGCAAAAAUCGAAAAACCGAGUCCUCGUGGGGGUUGGCCAGAUCGCCUGAAUCAUAUUCAAUGGUAAGUUGUACUUGGAAACGAGUUUAAAAUCGAAUUUAGCAAUGAAAAUACGGGAGAAAAGUACGACGUCAAAGUACAAUAUGCUUUCUGAUUGUUGUUUACGGCAAUUGGUUGAUUUUGGGUUUGUGUGUUGUACAGAUACCGAGCUUAACAGAUUACAGCUCUAUCGUUUUGUAUUACAUAUGGUGGUUCGGAUAUAAUACAAAAUGAUUUUUGAAGAACUUAUCAAAUAUAGUCACUAUGACCCUGCACUUGUUAGCGCGAAUGAACAUGUUCUAGACGUCUGGCGUUAUUAACUUUACGUCAUAAACACUUGUGUACAAAUGUGUUUUGCCUUUUGUAUGUUGCUAUAUGUGUCUCAAAGUCGAUACAUCUUGUUGUUUAAAAUUGUUUUUUUUAUUUGUUUUAUGGGGGGGGGGGUUCUACCAUAAAUGAUGAAUUCAUAUUUUAUUCCGAGUGAUAUGACGUAUCACUUAACAUGGACUUAUAUAAAGACACCUCCUAAUUGGAUAUAACAAGUUACCUCAGGCUGCUUUAUAUCAGUUCAAUAUCCUCGUUAUAGUAUGAUAAAAUUCAAUAACGCGAGGCUUCCACAAUUAACAACACCUGUCUGAUUAACCUUUCCAAGGCGGUGACCCCAGCUUUAUUCUUCUAUGUGUGUAUGUUGUUUCGUAGUGUGCUGUUUCGUUCUGUUUGGCUAUUGGUCACUUGCCUUAAAAAAGGACCACACAAUUGUAUAUUAUAAGUGCAAUACUGCUCCAGCAGCAGGAGUUUAACUUCUUAUGUUGUAAUUAUUAGAAGUUUAUUUAUUCAAGCUUACUGUACAUAUAUGAUCAAACUUGUGUACGCUGUCGAAAGUGUAGAUAAAAUGUUAAUUUUGGCGAUUUGUUAAGUAUGUGUCACCAAAAUCUUACACGAAAAAGUCCAACGCAUGUGAUGAAACACAAGAGGCCGAACAUAACGCAUUGAUUUAUAAAGUGCAAAACUGAUAUCACUGUAGGGUGUAUGUAUUGCAGUUGAUGCAAAAUCAGGCUAUGACCAAAUUUAUAUGUUUGAAUGCGAACGUUUGCAUUUGAAAUGAGAUAGAUCUAUAUGAUGUUAAGAUGUUUGGUGUUUUUCUUUUUCUAGUGUACAUGUGUGUGAUUUUAUGUUAAAUUACCUUAUUCUAACAAAUUAACAUGUCAUAUUUUUUUACUGUUCCGUUGAUGUUUGAAAAUAUUGUAUUAUUUUUGUUAUGUUUGUUGUUUUCAAUAUGCACAAAAUGUUUUUAUGAUAUAAAAAAUAUUAAAGCAUUAUUAGGUGUGUCAAUGCAGAAACUAGGUGUUGUUGACAACAAUACAUUAUAUUUUUAGAUAAGUGUUUGCAUUGGUACGAGGGCAACGUUUUAUGACUUCUUAUAUUUUUUAUGUUGUAUGUUUUAUGUUUUAGUAGAUCUAGAGAUCUAUAUGUAUUUACUUAAAUUAACAAUUAUGUGGACUGUUUUUAUUUUCAAUCAAAAGUAAAACACUUCAUCUAUUGUGCAAAUUGAUAGUAGUCCCUUAUCAGUUGAAUAAACCAUUGUUCCUUUAUUUUUACUACUUGUGAAUGUCAAAUUCAAAUGUUACAUUCUUAGUAUGUGUUAUUUGAACACACAAGUUUAUAAAAAUCUUAAAAUAUUAAAAGGCGUAUGUCUUUAAUGUUUUAAAUUGUCCACUUUUUUAACAUGCGUCCUUAUUGAUUCACCUAAAUAUACCGCCUAGUUGAAGAAAUAUUUUAAAACAAAAACUUGUGUUUAUUAUACUGUUUGCCACAACAUUUUUCAGAACUGAGUAACAAUGAUGAAUUUUAAAGGAUCGUAUAUUUAUUAAGGAUUUUAUGUUAACUUUAGUAUUUAAGUUCCUUUUACCAAACAAUCACAAAACUUCAUGCACUGCGUUGGUCGGGGGGGGGGGGGGCACCGAUAAUCUUUUUUUUUGACACGAUACAUUUGAAGUGUUUUAUAUUUUGUUUAAUAGCUGCCACUUUAUAAUUGCUUAAAAAGAUGACAUACAUUUCUCAUGUUAAUUGCGUACAGCCAUAUUGUCAAAUUUCGUAAGCGGUUUACAUUUGUAUUCAUUAGUUUCAAAUGCAGAAGUGGAUAUCAGUGAUUUUAUUACUGUCUAUGCGAUUAAAGAGUGAUAAAUACAAUCAUUAUUUCACCAAGGCUUGGAAACCUUGAAACUACUAUACUAAUUUAUUUUUAUUAUCAGCCGUACAUAGGCUUAAGAAUUAGGGAAUAUGGUCAAUUCGACAUCUAACUAUUCUUGCAUAUUCCUAAAGCUGUUUAACUAACAAUGACAAAAGUUCAACACCACUUCCCAGACAAAAGAUAAAUGUAUCUGAGAGAUUUCAUGUAGGAAUAACUCUUGAAACCCGCAAAUAUUAUUAAUAGAUACUCUAACUCACAUAAGAUAAUGACCUCCUGGGCGAGAUAUCAGCAUUUCUGAGAUUGUACAUGCGAGCCAGAAAUUAGUCAAGCACUAUCAACGAGGUUACGCAACAGACGUGAUAGUGCUUUGAACUUCCGACAUCCCGCUAUACUUGUUGAUAGCAGUAGCUUUAAUUUCCCAGGUUGAUAUAUAGCCUAAGAUUCAGAUUACCUGUGCCGAGCGAAAAUACCACGAGACUAUUGCUAAGCACACAUCUUAAUCAUUAUUAACAACAUUAACAUCAUCUUCAUCAACAUCAUAUUAAUAUUAAAAUACAUUAUUAUGUUCCUGGUCGAA